AUGUAUCGGCUCGAGCAGACGGUAGAGCUGCCAUUAGCCACUAGCAAGACCUCCAUCCAAGUCUACAAGCAUCCGGCUUGCGAGUUGCGCAUUGUCUUUUGCUCUCUUCCUGGGCCUCUAGUCAGCACUUCAAUCUUGGUACCUACGCUAUGUGAUAGCAACAAUGGAGCACCGCAUACCCUCGAACACUUGAUUUUCUGUGGCAGCACGUCCAUCCCUCAGCGUGGAUAUCUAGAUUGUCUGGCAACACGCUGCUUGUCAACUGGAACAAAUGCAUACACAACUGAAGAUCAUACCAAUUACACUUUAACCUGUGCUGGCGAGGAAGGAAUGAUUGAAGUGCUGCCCGUGUUCUUGGACCAUGUCAUCAAUCCGACGUUACGUGAUGCACAGUUCAUAACUGAAGUAUAUCACGUCGAUGGUGAUGCUAAAUGUCAGGGCGUGGUGUAUUGUGAAAUGGCAGGAAGAGAGCACAGUGAAUCGGACAUGGUCGAUUUAGCUUUACGCCGUCUCAUAUUCGGAGACAAGACAACAUACUCGUACGAAUGUGGUGGUCUUACUCCAGACAUUGCAAAGCUGACAAACCAAGAAAUCAUAACAUACCAUCAACAAUUUUAUCAUCUCAAUAAUGUCACUGUCAUCAUCUGUGGACAAGUAGAUCCACAACGUGUAUUCGCAAAAUUGGACUCUAUGCCAUCUUUUCAACAAUCAGUGUCGAAGAGUACUCAUGUCCAAAUGGGCAAGAUUGAAAUACCACCUCUAGCACCAUCUACACCUAAAUUCACUAGUGAAACAGUGCGAUUUCCAUCGUCUGAUGAACAAGUUGGAUCUGUUACUUAUGGAUGGAGAGGGCCGCCGUCAGACGACAUACCGACUCUCCUAGCAUUGGAUGUCUUAUUUAGAUACCUGCAAGAUACAGCCGCAUCACCACUCGCUCAAAAAUUCGUAGAAUUGUCAAAUCCAUUAGCAUCAGAUGUGGAUUUCGAUUUACGAGGAUAUGUUCAGUCUGUCCUCGUACUAGGAUUUAAUGGUGUGCCAUAUGGAGAUGGUGGUGGUGAUGGCGAGUCAGAUGAUGAACCAAGCUAUGACACUGAUCACAGUCAUGAUACUGAUAAUGACGAUGAUGAAGAAGACGACGGAGAUCAUGAAGAGGGAGAUGACGAUGAGAAUAUGGAAGAAUCACAUAGAACAGACUUGUUUGAAGAGAAGGUAUAUUAUCAUUUGAUGAGACAAGUCUUGUUGGAUUUUAUUGGUGAUGGCUUUCCGUCUAUGGAUACUAUACAAGCUGCGAUCUUGAGGCAUCGUCGUAAGCUCUUAGAAACUUUAGAAGAUGAUCCUCACGACUGGGUAAUGGAACGUCUAGUACGGGACUUUGUCAGACUGCGUUUUGGAACGUCAGCUUCCAAGACAAGGUCAUUGAUCAGCGGCUUUGUAUCAGUGCUAGACUUAUUAGACGAUUUGCAAAAGAAGCCCGCCGAGUUUUGGAAACAACUUGUACAGUAUUGGUUGCUAGAUGCACCAUGCUUUGAAGUAUUAGGUAUUCCUGACGAGAAGAAGGCCAAAGAAAACGCCGACAAAGAAGUAGAAGAUCGUAAACGACGGGCUGAAGAAAUCGGCCCGGAUAAUCUGAAAAAGCUCAAAGUACAAGUAGAAGCUGCAGUAAAAGAGAAUCUACCUAUAUUAUCUGAGCCUUUGAAGGCUCAAAUGCCGCCAGUACCUGAUGUAUCUCGGGCACCUAAAUUAUCUGUAUCUAGUUCCAUCUUGUCGAAAGAGGCUGCUCAACCGUUUGGAGCCAUACAGGUCGUAUCAACAGAGACGGCAUUCGUACAUGUCCGUCUUGGCAUAGACACUUCGGGACUUCCAGCAGUACUCAAACCAUACUUGGUCUUGUUUCAAGAGCUGUUAUUCCAAAUACCUCUGGCCGGUGUUGGAUCUAUAGGAGCCAUGGAUUAUAGAGAUGUGGCAAAGAAGACCUCGGAAUUAUUUAUAUCUCAUGAAGCCUCUAUCGGAUUUGGUAACGACGUCUUCCAUACGUCUUGGCUGUCUGAAAUCUUCUCAGUCUAUGGAUGUGCUGAACGACAUGAAUGGGAAGUCGCCAUGAAAUGGUUGUGUCGUGUAUUGACACAAUCUAUAUUUACAGAAGACCGAGUUGUAUCUAUAGCUAAAAACCUCAUAUCUGAGAUCGCUGAAACCAAACGUGAUGGUUACUCGAUGGCUGUUGCUGUCAUGACUCGAAUUACAUGUCCGUUAUCCACAACCUAUAAUAAACCCGUCGUACCUAGUAAUCGAAAAACCAAGGCAAGUAGUAAUAAAUCCAGUAAUACGGCACCGUCGAGUACCCGUGGCAAUGACUUGGACAUCUCUAUAUUUAGACAGGAAGCAUUUUUGAAGAGUGUGUUGUCGGCGCUUAGACAUGGUAACGGUCAAACUGUGCUCAACCAUCUGUCUCAAGUCCGUGAUUAUCUACGGCAGGCUGUGGCGGGUGUAAAGAGUCAAUCAUCGUCAUCGCCAACAGCAGCAGCUACAACAGGAUUUGUACAAAUAAGCAUCCCAGAAAACGAAUUUAAAGACAUUCACACCGUAUCGAACGCCUUCUUACGUAUCUGGAAGGAAGAAUGUGUCAAAGCAGCAUCCGCACUAGACGAAAAUAGCACUUCAACAUCAUCGCGUAAUGGCAGUAAUGGUGCUAAGAAAUCUACAAGGAAAAGCGGUGCAUUCGCAGGAGAAGGUUUAAUAGAGCUUCCACCAUCACCUUUCCCAUUCCCACGACAAGUAUACCGCCUGGAAGACGUUGCUCCAGAGUUUAGAUCCGUUAUGGUACCUAUUGCUGGUGUCACAGCUUCAUACUUGUUGCAAGCCGUACCAUGUGAUGUAAUGAAGCCCGCCACUCCUGUGGAAAAGUACUCUGUCAUGCUGUUGGCUGAAUUGUUGUCGCAGACUGAAGGGCCGUUGUAUACUGCUGUUCGUGGUAAUGGACAUGCGUACGGAGCUGAUUUAUCACUCGCAAUAUGGACUGGUCAACUACUAUAUGAAGUGCGAGAGGCUUCAGAUCCUUAUAAAGCCUUGCUGGCAUUUUAUGCCAUCAUUGAGAAUCUAGUGACUCCUAAAGGCUUUGAGGAUACUUGCUCACAGUUCCAGAUUGAUACUGCUAGAGCUGCAUGUGCUUAUAGGUUGUGCUCGUCGAGGUCAACUGCUGCUAGUCUUAUUAGCACGUCGUUACGUGGUGCUGUUAGGGGAUACGCAACACUAGAAGAAGAAGAAAUCGAACAACAAAGUCUCUAUAAAGUCACCAAAGAUGAUUUACGUCGUGUCAUCAAUGUGUAUCUGACACGAUUCUUGGAUCCUGCUAGUCGGGUCACUGUGCUAAGCACCAUUCACGGAGAAGACGCUGAAAAGAUGUUGAAUGAAUUUGGUGCUGCAAAGAAGAGUGACUAUGCCGUCAAAUUUAGCUUCAAGGCGGUGUCGGAUUUCGCGUUGCCAUUAAACAUAUAG